AUGGCGGACAAGGAGACCAACGUCGCCGCCCAUACCACCGCGCCGCGCUCUGGCUCCGUUGAGCUGCAGACCACUACCGAUGUCGAACGUAUCGAGGCUCCUGUGACCUGGAAGGCCUAUCUGAUUUGCGCUUUUGCGUCUUUCGGUGGUAUCUUCUUCGGUUAUGACUCUGGUUACAUCAACGGUGUCCUGGGCUCCUCCAUCUUCAUUCGCGAAGUCGAGGGCGCUGAUCGCGACCCCGACGAUGGUGUCACCUCGUCCCACCAGUCCCUCAUUGUGUCCAUCCUCUCCUGCGGUACUUUCUUUGGUGCUAUCAUUGCUGGCGAUGUCGCCGAUAUGAUCGGUCGCAAAUGGACUGUCAUCGUUGGCUGCAUCAUCUACCUCAUCGGUGUGGUUAUUCAGAUGCUCACUGGCCCCGAGGUCGACUCUCUUGGUGCUAUUGUCGCUGGUCGUCUGAUCGCUGGUUUCGGUGUCGGUUUCGAAUCUGCCAUCGUCAUUCUGUACAUGUCUGAAAUCUGCCCCCGCAAGGUUCGUGGCGCCUUGGUUGCCGGUUACCAAUUCUGUAUCACCAUUGGUAUCAUGUUGGCUUCCAUUGUCGUCUAUGCCACCAAGGACCGAACUGAUACUGGCAACUACCGUAUUCCCAUCGCCAUCCAAUUCCCCUGGGGUCUGAUUCUUGGCGGUGGCCUCCUGCUCCUCCCUGACUCCCCUCGGUACUUCGUCAAGAGAGGAAACAUUGAGGCUGCCACCAAUGCUUUGUCUCGUCUCCGUGGUCAGCCUCGUGAGUCCCAGUACAUUCAGGUCGAGCUUGCUGAGAUUGUCGCCAAUGAGGAGUAUGAGCGCCACCUCAUCCCUAGCAGCGGUUGGUUCUCCAGCUGGAUGAACUGCUUCAAGGGUGGUCUCUGGUCAUCUAAGUCCAACCUGCGCCGCACCAUCCUGGGCACUUCUCUCCAGAUGAUGCAGCAGUGGACUGGCGUCAACUUCAUCUUCUACUACAGCACACCCUUCCUGCAGUCCACUGGCGCUAUCUCCAACACCUUCUUGAUCUCCUUGAUCUUCACCUUGGUCAACGUUUGCUCGACUCCCAUUUCUUUCUGGACCGUGGAAAGAUUUGGCCGUCGUCCUCUUCUGAUCUAUGGUGCCUUGGGCAUGUUGAUCUGCCAGUUCCUUGUCGCCAUCAUCGGUGUUUCUGUUGGCUUCAACCACACUCACCCCGACCCUAGCGACCCGGAUACCUCGAUUGCCAACAACAUCUCUGCUGUCAACGCCCAGAUUGCCUUCAUUGCCAUCUUCAUCUUCUUCUUCGCUUCCACUUGGGGUCCUGGUGCCUGGAUCGUCAUCGGCGAGAUCUUCCCUCUCCCCAUCCGCUCUCGCGGUGUCGGUCUCUCCACUGCCUCCAACUGGCUGUGGAACACCAUCAUCGCUGUCAUCACUCCCUACAUGGUUGGCGAAGACAAGGGCAACCUGCGCUCUUCCGUCUUCUUCAUUUGGGGUGGUCUCUGCACUUGCGCUUUUGUCUACGCCUACUUCCUUGUCCCUGAAACCAAGGGUCUCACCCUUGAGCAGGUUGACAAGAUGUUCGAGGAGACCACCCCCCGUACUUCGGCCAAGUGGAAGCCUAGCCAGACCUUCGCCAGCACCAUGGCCAACGACAAGGGCGUGCUCGAGAAGGGGAUCGUCGAAGAUGUCGAGCGUCGUGGGUCUGCCUUUUAA